CAGUGCCGCUACAGCCAUCACAGCAACACAUAGCUGCCGCUCCUGCUGCUACUGCUACAUCCACACCACCUUAACCACAUCACCUACAAGCACCACAAUCACCACUUACUCUCCAUACACUUCCUCUCUGCAUCGUGCUUGUGUAGGGAGAGAGAACCUAUAGGUACAACCAGCUUGAGGUUACCUCAACUUCGAGGCUUUAAAAAUACUUCUUGUGACUGCAGCAACGGAGCAAACCUCGCCUCCCAUCAUUACACCGCACAACGCCGUAUGCCAACAACACAAUCAUAACAACAGCAAAGAACAUAACCAUCUCAUUCUGUUCUGUCUCAGUAUUUAAAAUAUACUGCUGCUCUGUUAUUCCUGAAUCAAUAAGACGUUUCAACUGCUCAGUAUUGACAAGGCGUUGAUGAAACUCCAUCUUGUGUUUGUGUGAAACGUGCGAAGUGUAACCGGCGUGUGGUAGCUUAACUCUCAGCCUCGCCGGACGCGUGUGCGCGACCAUGGACCAUCGAAGGAAGGGAGAGCCUGAACAGCCAAACCAUGUCAUCCUGAUGACCAUCAUCAACCCUGCCUACCCCAUCACUGUGGACGUAAUCCACACCAUCACGCAGCCACACGGCAAUGUUCUGCGCAUCGUCAUCUUCAAGAAGAAUGGCGUACAGUGCAUGGUUGAAUUUGAGAACGUGGAGUCGGCGACACGUGCUCGGGAGGCGCUCCAUGGUGCCGAUAUCUACGCCGGUUGCUGCACGCUCCGUGUCGAGUAUGCCAAGCCUGCCAAGCUGAACGUCUACCGCAACGACUCCGAGAGCUGGGACUACACCAACGCGGGUGAGCAGACGAUGGAACACAAGGGACAGCCCAGCGGAGGGUCUGCCCGCCCUCCCCUGCUGCAGGAGCCCCGCUUUGGAGGCGGACUGAACGGCCAGAUGGGCGGACCCCCGCGUAGCAGCGGACUCUUCAACAGCCCCGGCGGCAUGCCUGACCGCUACGGCGGUGGUGGAGGUGGCGGUGGCGGCGGUGGCAUGGAUCUCGACUCUUGGGACGAUCGUCGUGGUGGCGGUCGCGACAGGCGCUUCAACAGCCGUUACAACAGCAAUGGAAUGAACAACGGUGGACAGAGGGGAGGCGGUGUGGGAUCAGCAGGCCUAGCGGGAGCUGCCCCGUUCAUGGGGGGCAGUGGGGGGCCACCAAACACCAUGUCCCCCAUGGGGGGACCAUCACCAGGACUCCCUCAGCAGGGGGCCGUGCUCAUGGUCUACAGCCUCAACAAGGACCGCAUGAACGCAGACAAACUCUUCAACCUGCUCUGCCUCUACGGCAACGUCGUCAGGAUUAAAUUCCUAAAGACGAAGGAGGGCUGCGCCAUGGUCCAAAUGGGAGACGCUCUCGCUGUGGAACGCGCCAUCGGCAACCUCAACAACACCAGCUUCUUCGGCAGCAAAAUGCAGCUUGGGUACUCGAAGCAAGCGUUCCUGGCCGACAUGCAGACGCCUUUCGAUCUUCCCGACGGCACCCCGAGCUUCAAGGACUACAUGGGCAACAAGAACAACCGCUUCAUCAACCCCGAGCAGGCCUCCAAAAAUCGCAUCCAACCGCCUUCCAAGAUCCUGCACUUCUUCAACACGCCCCCGAACAUCACUGAGAGCGCCAUGAAGGAGGUGUUCACAGAGGAAGAUGUCGCCGCCCCCAAGGCCAUGAAGCUGUUCCAGUCGAAGAGUGAGUCGGAGCGCAGUUCCAGUGGGCUGCUAGAGUUCGAGGAUCUGCAGGAGGCGCUGGAGGCUCUCGUGUCCUGCAACCACGCUCGUAUCCCCAACCCAACUGGCACGCGCUUCCCCUUCAUCAUGAAACUGUGCUUCUCUUCAUCAAGAUCCCUGCAGUACAAGUCCGACCGCAGCGACAAGAAGGAGGAUGAGGAGGACAAGUGGAUGGAGUGAAGCACGACAACCCCGAGUGGUUAAAGGGAGGGAAGGGAGGGCGACGAGAAGGAAGGAGUGUCUACUGGAUUGAUUAGAGGCGUAAACCGUGUACGAGGGCAGCCAGUCGUUGGCUAGUGCAAGAGUAGA